AUGACUAUUAAAAAAAUAUAAAUGUUAAUAAUACAUCAAAUUCAAAUGCUUCAACUAAUACUCCGACAGAUGAAACAAGACACAGUAAUCAGGAUAGCAAUAAUUCAAUUGCUUAAGAUAAUUCUAUGUAUGUGUAUGUUGAAGAUUAGACAGAAUAUGAAUUUUUCGAAUUUUAUAGAUAAAUGUUUCGCGAUGAUGAAAUUUAUACUGAAGCUGAAAAAUAAAACACUAAUGAGUAAAUGGAAACUACUGAUGAUAAUGUAGAUUAAUAUUUAAAUUUUAAUAAUUAAAACUAAAAUUAAAAUACCGAAACACAUUAUCGCUAAACCUAAUAACUAUCUUAGAAUAUUAGUUAUUCAGAAGGCUAUGCGCACGAUUAUUAAAUAUAAAACAAUAAUGGUUAUAAUUAAAACAAUAAUGUACAAUUCAAUUCUAGUUUGA